AUGUGCAAAUAUUUCUCACAGCACAGAACUGAAGCUAAAUACAAGAGCCUUCUUUUAAUAAAACUUCUCUAUGAUUCCAUAUUUGACAAUAGACUGAAAUUUCCAGGACAAUCUGAUUUCCUCUUACAGGGAGAGCUUGCAAUAUUUUUGUUCCCAAGUCUAAACUGUCAUAUAUGGGACUUCUCAGGGCAGACAAUCCAAUUUCUCAUGGAUAAUAGGAUCAACCUGCCAAAUGAUAUCCUGGGAGAACAUGACAAAGAGAUUGCACUUGAAUUGCAAGCCUAUGAAUUUUAAGAUUCUAUGACUGCUAGAGAUGAAAGGUUUGAUGAGAUGGUGGGGAUGGGGACUUCUUUUGGUGUUGGUUCUGUUAAAAUGAAUGGGUGCACUAAUCAUGUUCGACACCAAGGAACUCCUCACGAUCUGGGGGUGGUCUUAGGGGACUUGGUUACUUGGGUUUGAGGGGAUUGCAGAAUCUUGGGAAUACAUGUUUCAUGAACAGUGCAAUUCAGUGCUUGGCACACUCCCCAAAGCUAGUUGACUGUUUCCUUGGGGACUAUAGAAAAGAGAUAAAUCAGGAAAAUCCAAUAGGAACGAAGGGAGAGCUUGCUUUAGCAUUUGGGGAUUUGUUAAGUAAGCUAUGGACACCAGGAAGGACGCCGGUGGCUCCUGCAAUAUUCAAGCGAAAAUUAGCAGAUUUUUCUCCUCAAUUUAGCGGCUACAACCAGCAUGAUUCUCAAGGUCAGUAUCAGUCAACACUGGUUUGCCCUGCUUGCAACAAGAAGUCUGUCACAUUUGAUCCAUUUAUGUACUUAUCACUGCCGUUACCUUCAACAACAAUGCGGACUAUGACUUUGACUGUUUUGAGCACUGAUGGGAGGAAUUUACCAUCCCCUAUUACUGUAACUGUGCCCAAAUGUGGGAGGCUAAAGGAUCUCAAUGGGGCCUUGAGCAUUGCGUGUUCUUUGAGAGAUAUUGAUGAAAUGCUGAUGGUGGUUGAGAUAUACAAGAAUAAAAUUUUUCGUCCCAUGACUGAGUCAUCUGACUCGGUAGCCUUGAUCAGAGACGAAGACAAACUUGUUGCUUAUCGGUUACCAAAAGAUAACCAGAAUUCACUCUUAGUUGUCUUUAUGCACGAAAGAGUGGAAAGGCCUUGUAAAUUUGAGAGAGCAAUGCCAAAUUUGAAACUGUUUGGCAUUCCGUUUGUAGCAAGGUUAGAUGAUCUUUCUACUGGAUUUGAUCUCCAUAAACUGUAUCUGAAAUUACAUAGUCCACUUCUUAUGCCUGCUGAAGAUGCAUGCGAUGACUAUGAUGAUGUGGGGAUCACAACUAGUGAAGAUUCUACAAUGGAGAAUGUCCUUAGCCCCACAAUCUAUAUAGGCUUGGACACUGGAACAAAGGAUGACCAGUGUUCCUGUUCUGAUUUUUGAUUCUAUUUGAAAGAUGGAUUGAGAUCAACAGAGAUGAAGAUGAAUGAUCCAUUACCAGUCCCAACAUUUAACGAUGACUUGGAGGUCUAUGCAACUUGGUCAGAAAACACGAUUGAGAAGUAUGAUACAUGCCUUCUCAACUUGGAGGACUUCCCAAUCGAUGAUUUUGAACUGUCAACCUACAUUUCCCAGAAGGACAGCCAUUUUUCCAAUCAUUAUGUAUUGUAUGCAACAAGUAAUCAUCAUGAAGGCAUGGGAUGUGGUCACUACGAAGCAUUUAUUGAUGCAAGUGGUGUUCAUUCUAUCUAUGCAUUUUCUUUUAUUGCCUUUGGUCAAGAGACUGCAGAUAGAACCAUUCCACAGAGGACACCUGCACGCGCGCACAUUUAGACAGAGCUAGGAAAUAUUCGUUUUUAUUGAUGCAUGUUAUUCAUCUGGGCUGGCUUCAUCAAUCUAGGAUUUUUUGAUAAUAGUGUUUCUCAUCAACUUAGAAUGAAUUUGGAAGUUCUCCUAGGUGUUAUAGAACUUGCUGGAUGGAUUUGCAGAGUAAUCAUCUUUAGGGGGCAUGCACUGUUUAGAAAUCAGCAUAUGCAUUUGUGGGGCAAUCGUUGAUUAUAAAAAUUGACCACUGCAUGUCCCCUUCAGGGUGUCGAGCAGUUUAUGCAUGCAUUCGAUAUAUUAUAAUAACAAGUGAGUCAAGAGCUGUGAAAUAGAAUGGGGAACAUGAAUUCAUAUUGGGCUUCCUAGACACCAAAUGAUAAUUUUCUCCUCUUCAACCCACCCAAGAUAGAGAUGUUAUAGUGAUGUGAAAUCUGAUGUUACACACUCCUUAUCCUAUUUCCUUUCAGUUGUUUUGGACUCUAGUAUGGCUGGGAAGGGAAAGGGACUGAUGAGAAGGGAAGAUUUACCUCCCCACUGUUAUGAAUUUUUCAGCAGGGGAAUGCGAGUCAAACAGCUUCUCUUUGUUUGUUUAGAGAAGAACGGAAGCUAGUGCUUGUAGAAUUGAAUUGUAAGGAAGGAAAAGAGGGGGAGAUGUAUCUAGCUAUGUUUUGCUCAUGCGGAAGUUAAAACAAAAGACAGCAACACAAUUUUGUGGGAUGUUCCCAAAUCUGAAACACAAAUCUCUGUAUUUCUGUGGUCACCAUCAUAUACUCCAGGAAGAUUUUUUAUAUUUUCUUGUCUUCAAGUGCGUGUAGUCUAAAAUUAUUAUUGUUCUUGUGCAGCUUGGGUAUCACAAAUGGGACGAGUUCGAUAAUAUCAAAACAUAUGCUGCUUACGUACUUUUCUACAGGAGAGUUACCUAAACAUCUUCAUAUAAAUAUUUGGCACAAUCUCUUGACAGGGUCAAGACCUGCAUUAUCAUUUAGAGACAGCUUCCUCUGUAGCAGCAGGAAACAAUUAUGAAUUGGAGGGAACACACAGGAAGUACAGGGGAGGAUUUGCUGUACAUUUUUUAGGGGGCGUCAGUGAAAGAAAAUUUGUUACAAAUUGAUCAUACACUUUUUAUUUAACGUGUAUAGAUGCUUCAUACAGGAUUUUUGAGAAAUGUCCAACCAUUUUUUGUCAAA